AUGGAACCUCCCACAUCCUCUCCCAGCUCCCAAGUCAACAAAUUCUUCCGCAACCUGUUCCGCUUCCGUGCCCCCACUCAACUCCCAGAACGUAAUGAUAACGCCCUCGUACCCUCUUCCCCUUCACCAAAAGACACCACCACCUCUAAAUUAGUCAUCGGCACGCUCUUCGACAUCAAUAGCCAGCUUAUGACCUCCUUAGUCUCCAUUCGCUCCCAAUAUCGCGGCCAAAGAGAGCAAAUGCGGCAACUCCGUCACCAACACGAUAAUCUAUCCAGCAAGUACUAUCACACCCGCUCACAGCAUAAGCGCGACAUCCAAGCCCGCGACUACAAUCGCGAAAGGCAGCUCCACCAACUUAGAAUGGAACACCGUAUGUCCGUUUUAGAUAUAAAACUUGAUUUUAACAGAGAGCGGGAGACGCAUAGACAGGCACUUGUUGAUGUGAGGAAAGAGGUGGAGGCUGAGUGUGCGGAAGCGAUUAGGGCGAGAGACGAGCGGAUUGAGGUGUUGGAGGGGGAGGUUGGGGUGUAUGAGAGGAUUAUGCGGGCGUUGGAGGGGAUUCAGGGGCUGGAGUGGGUGCGGAGUGUGGGGGUAGGGAUAGUGAGGAGGGCGAAGAAGGAAGAGAGGAGGAUGAGGUUGAGGGUUGAGGGGAGGGAUGUGUGA